AUGUCCGACGACAACGAAAAGGAUAAAAUGUAUCCGAAUAUUCCUGACGAUCUUGAGAAGAUUCAUUUGAAAACAAAAGAUGACGACGAUGAUGAUGAUUUCUAUCCGAAGAAACCGGAGAAGCCACUGAAAGAGGCCACCGAACUAACUGAUUGGAAUCUUGUGAUGAAGGCGGCUGAAUUCGCUGCUCGUCGGCAUCGCCACCAAAAAAGGAAGGACAAUGCGACACCAUACAUCAAUCAUCCAUUAGGCGUCGCUUACAUUCUGACAAAUGAGGCGAAGGUUUAUGAUCCGAUCACACUCGCGGCUGCCAUGCUACACGAUGUCGUCGAGGACACAAAAACGACGAUUGAAGAGAUUGUCGAGAAUUUUGGACAAGAGGUCGCCGACGUCGUCGCUGAAUGCACCGACGACAAGAAUUUGGGGAAAGCCGAGAGAAAGCGGCUUCAGGUCGAGAAUUAUGGAACGCAUUCGCACCGGGCGAAACUUGUCCAUUUGGCCGACAAAUUGUACAAUUUGAGAGAUUUGGAGAGAAAGUUGCCGAUUGGUUGGGAUAAGAAACGAGCCAAGGAAUAUUUUGUGUGGAGCAAAGAGGUGGUUACACAGAUGAAAGGAACCAAUAAUGGACUCGAAUGCCAGUUGGACGAUGUCUUGAAUAGGAAUAUCAAUUAA